CUUGUUGGGCCACACCCUUGCUAAAAGUGGGUGUAGCUUCAAAGCUUGGUCCCGUUCUUCUGGAGUUAUAAUGGCGGCCACAUUGGUUUACACCAAGCUUUCCCAGAAACGGAUGAAACCAAUAAAAUCUUAACUUGAAAUAUGUCGUCUAUUUUUUCUCUCAGCUGAUCCUAUUUGACCAAACAGAAUUCUUCAAUUUGGCGCCUACUAUCACUUACGGGAUGGACACCGCCGGUUACCUAUACGUACCCACUGCUUGUAGAAACGGAGCCAGAUGCAGACUCCAUAUUGCAUUCCACGGCUGUCUCCAGGGCAGAGAGAAGAUCGGGGACAAGUUUGCCCGAUAUGCCGGCUACAACCAGGUGGCCGAUCUCAAUAACUUAAUCAUCAUGUAUCCUCAAGCCAGAACAAUCGCAACCAACCCCCAGGGAUGUUGGGACUGGUGGGGAUACACCGGCAUAGCCUAUGCCACAAAGAACUCCUUCCAGGUGACCGGGGUGCAGAGAAUGAUGCUGCGAACUAUGGGACAAUACUAAGGCACCAUAUUAUUCCUCCAUAAUAGAAUCCUUUGACCUCUCAGGGGAGGUUGACUUCUG